AUGCCCGCAGUGGAACGUCUUUCGCCGGCGAAUUUUGUGUCGCGAUUUGAGAAGAAUGAUGUGAUUUUGGUGAGGUUUGGCGGGGGGGGGGGGUAAUUCAAAAUUAAUAAACAGAAUGUUUAGAAGCUGAAAACAAACAUUUUUGAAAUUUUUAACAAUUUUAUGACGCAAACGCUUCUGAAACUAAUCUCAACCCUCCAGACACUUUCCAAGUUAUUAUAAAAAUAAUUUUUUCUCAAAUUUUAGGAAGAGCCGACUGUGGAAGAAAACCAAAGUUGCCCAAAAUCUCCCACACAACCAAGAGCUACCUCAUCAUUCUCCCAACAAAUUCAACUUCUCCGAGCACAAUCAGAAGGUUAGUUCCAACUUCUUAUCUUUUUAUUUCUAAAUUCUUUGAUUUUUAUCAGGAAUCAACGAGGAAUGCGAAGAUUCGGAGGUUUCGUCAACAUCUUCAACAGAGCUCAAAUCGGCCGAAAAAGUUCCAUCAAUUCGAAAAUCUAAAGAAGCCGAAGAUAUUGAAGAAGGCGAAUUCAUAACCGGGUACAUUCUUUUUUUAUUUUUUGUUAUCAUUUUUUUCUUAUAUUCGAUCGAAUCUCUAGUCGCGAAUACGAAGAAAGUGAUAUGAUUUAUUAUCAGUUUUUGCAAUGGGCGAGAAUUGUGUCAAUACACACAUUUAGUUUUUUCUAGACCGCUUCAUCGAACUUCAAGCAUGUCAGAACAUCAAAAACCAUUGAAAUCUAUCCUGAGACAAUCACCAUUUAUAUCUAAAGAAAACAUAACAUCAUCUCAAGAUAUUUUGUCGAAUCAAAAUCAGAAUAGUGUAAAUUCCACGUCGAAUUCGAUGAAACAUUUGAAAUCAAGAUUUUCGACAAAUGUGGUGAGAAAGAAAGGGAAAAUAAGACAAAUAAAUAUUAGUUUCAGCAGCAUUCAGAAGAUCGAACCGAACAGGGAAACAUUGAUGCAAUCGAUAAAUAUUAUGAGAAAAAUAAUUACACUGUAACAGGUGAGAAACAUGUGGAUAAGAUAAGAAGUUAGAAACACACAAAAAAUAAAGUUUGUGUUUUGCAAGGAAUUUGAAUAUAAGGAAAAAAAGAAAAUUCAGCAAUAAAAUUAAUUGCUUUCAAAAACAUCAGUUUCUGAAAUUGUAUUCUAGAAACACGUGAAUUAUGUAACCACUCAAUUCAAUUUUGAAAUACUUCGUAUUUUCCUGUUCGCCUUAUAUUCAACACUAAAUUUUCCAGGAAUCUAUUCAAAAAACGGCAAACUAAAUAACUAUUUCAAUUCAAAUAAUGAAGAUGAUGAUCAAGAACAAGAUCCAAAUAAAACCCAUGAUAAUUUGCCAAAAAGAUCACUUUCAAUGGCUCAAAGUGUUCGAAGUAUGCCAAUAAUCCCAAUCAAUAAUCGAUUUCAUCAAUCAUUUUAUUGGUUUGCUCAUAAUCAUAAGAAAAUUGGUUUUCGACAUUUAUGCAUGCUUUUUCUUGUAUUAAUUUAUACACUUUUUGGAGCUGCACUUUUUUAUACAAUUGAAUCGAAAUAUGAGCAUGAGGUUAUUUCAAAUUAAUUUUUAAAUUCAAUUUUUUUCUCUAUUCAGACCCUCAAAAUCCACAGCAAAAAACUUGACAACAUAAUUUUUCAAAUUGCACAAACCCUGGAGCUUGAAAUUUUGGACCCGGAAAAAUUGACAAAUAUUACGCAGAUGGAAACUUUUAUAAAGGUAUUUUGGAAUAUUUUUUUUUGAAGAAAAUGUUUAGAACACUAUGCAUAGCUAUGUUUUUUAGAGAGCUUAUAUUCAAUUGCUGAACGCGGAAGAAUUGUAUAGUGGAAGUACAUUUUUCAAGCAGGCAGAUUUGGAAAAUAAUUUGAAAUGGACCUAUGGAAGUGCAUUUUUCUUUUCGAUGAAUGUGUAUACGACUACGGGAUACGGUAAGAUUUUUUGAACAUUCAAGAGUACUGUAUGGAAUUUUUGAAGAGAAUUGUUAUGAAGCUACAGUAACUCGGAAUUCAAGCACUUUUUUAAAGUAAAAGUUGUACUGUUUGUGAUACUGUAAUUUCUAGAAAUUUUGGAUGAUUGUAGCUUAUCCUCAAACUUAUCUCAAUUUCAGGUUCUAUCGCCCCAUCUUCAACUCUUGGAAAAUUCUUUGUAAUUCUCUACGGUCUAAUUUUCGUGCCACUAACCGCUGUCGUAAUUCGUGAUCUCGGUCAAUGGGCUUUAUUAUAUCUCACCAAAAUGUACACAAUUAUCACUGACAAUUUUCGAAGAGUUCGUGGUUAUGUUGACACACCGGAUGACGAUGAAAUCAUGUCACUUCCAAUUAAAUUUAGUGUAUCAGUUAUGAUAAGUAGGUUUUUCGAAGAUUCAGACACCAUGAAAACUGAACUAUCAAAUACAUGUUUUCAGUUUAUUUGAUAAGUUCAACGGUUUUUAUCUUCGAAUAUGAUGCUUUAUCGGGUCCAGCUGGAACUGGUAUCACAUUUUUCCAUGCUUUCUAUUUUUCAUUUGUCUCAAUUUCAACGAUUGGUUUGGGAGAUAUUAUGCCAAAUAAUGUCACGGUAAGUUAGAAAGAUAAUGUACAUUUUCAAUUGAAAAAAUAUAUCAUCUAUGUUUCUAGUUCUCGCCUCUCAUCACAAUGAUGUUCUUCUUCGGUAUGCCAAUUCUUAAAGUCGUCAAUCGUGUAACUUACAUCUGUCUCGAAAAUGGUGUGUUCGGUUCAAUGACAGUUUUAGAAAACCGUUUGGAUCAAGCAUGGAGCAAAGCUACAGUAAUUCCAAAAGAUUUCGAAACUCAAAACGAAACAACACCCAACAAAAAUCUAUCAACUCAUAAACCAUCAAUAGCUUCUGAAGGCUUGAUUCCAACUGAAAAUGAUGGAAGUGUGCCAAAUGAAUAUUUGAAUAAUUUCACAAUUCGAUCAAUUGCCACGUUUAUGCGAGCAAAUGGUGAUGUUUAUGGUGGAGGAUUUGGAAGAGUAAAUAUGAGAAGAGGAGAUUUGAGGAAUUUGACAAAUUUGGAUAAUCAAGCUACAAUUCGAUCAAUGAAACAAUAUAAUUCUAAUACCUGA